UGGACUUACCUAGCCAGCACUUGCCUGUGGAGGUCAGCUGAAGACGACGCCACGCAGCUAAGUCUGGAUUAGCCGGCCGAACGAGUUUCAAUGCUCCUCCACGUUCUAAGAUGAAGUUAUGGAAAGGUGCUACUUUUGCCUUCAUGCUCUGUGGUGCAGCCCUGUCCAUCGUCCUCGUUAGAAACAUGGCCACUAUUGGACAGUUCAAACCUAAGACAAAAUAUCCAUACACACCUUCAUCCUCAUCAAGUCCGUCUUCAUCAUCAGAAUCAACAUCCAGAACCUCACCACCAUCCCUAGCGGAGUCGGCGGCGAUGUCGCGGCAGAUGGGUGGUCUUCAUCGGAGAGUCCGCUCAGCAGACGACAUGAACUCUCUCCUCUCAGAGUUUUCCAUGAUGUUCCAGAGCUUCACAGAGGGCGAGCUUCAACAUGUGGUCGGGACCUUGCUAGACAGGAAGAGAAGGAAGAGCCGACGCCUGGGUAAGAACCAGGCCCGAAGGACUAAAAGAGCCAGGAGGCAAAAGCCCUGCUCUCUAAGGGAGCUGGAGUUGACCGUGAGUGAGCUGGGUCUCGGCUACGAGAGCGACGAGACAGUGCUGCUGCGCUACUGCAGUGGCAAAUGCACGGCCCACCGGCAUAACUACGACAUCACCAUGGAGCACAUGAUGCGGACGGGCUUCAAGAAGAAGGGCCGCAAGGACAAGGUCAGUAACGGGCCCUGCUGCCGGCCAACCGCAUUUGAAAACGACUUUUCCUUCUUGGACAAUAAGAGCCGCUAUCACACGAUACAGAAUGUGUCUGCGAAGAAUUGUGGGUGUGUAUGA